AUGGCAGCUACGACUAUUUCUGUGGAACAAGACCAGUUCUGCUGCUCUGUGUGUCUGGAGGUGUUGAGGGACCCAGUGACCAUCCCGUGCGGGCACAGCUACUGCCUGACCUGCAUAGAGGACUACUGGAACAGGCCAAAGCAGAAGGGCCAGUUCAGUUGUCCGCAGUGCAGGCAGGUCUUCAACCCCAAACCCCUCCUCUGUCGCAACACCGUCCUGGCUGAAGUUCUGGAGAAGCUACAACACAGACCUCCAACGCCAAAACAAACCAAACCCGGGGAGGUGAGAUGCAGCGUGUGCUCCGGGAGGAAGGGCCAAGCGGUGAAAGCCUGUUUGACGUGCGCUCGGUCGUUCUGCGCGGCGCAUCUCAAAGCCCACAAAGAGCGCUUUCCCCGGGGACACCAGCUGAUCCCGGCCACGGAGGAGUUCAAGGAGAGACUGUGUCCGCUGCACAAUGACAAAAUGAUGAAGAUGUUCUGCCGUGGUGAGCAGCAGCCCGUGUGCGCGCUGUGCGUAAAGGACAAGCACAGGGGACAUGACAACGUGCCGCUGGGGGAGGAGCGGGCCGCGCAGCAGGGGGAGUUGGGGGGGGGGGGGGGGGGGGGGGGGGGGGAAGGGGGGGGGGGGGGGGGGGGGGGGGGGGGGGGGGGGGAGGGGGGGGGGGGGGGGAGGGGGGGGGGGGGGGGGGGGGGGGGGGGGGGGGGGGGGGGGGGUGGGGGAGGGGGGGAGGGGGGGGGGGGGGGGGGGGGGAAUGGGGGGGGGAAGAAGUGUUGGGUAGUAUGUUUUGGUUUGGGAGGGGGGGGGGGGUGGGGGGGUUGUUGGGGGUGGGGUGUGGGGGGUUUGUGGUGGGGGUGGGGUGGGGUGGGGGGGGGGGGGGGGUGGGUGUUGGGGGGGGUGUGGGGGGGGGUGUGGGGGGGGGGGGGGGGUUGGGGGUUUUGUGUUGGGGGGGGUUUUUUUGGUGGAAAAAUAUUUUUUAAUGGGAUCGUCUCCCACCCCUCAGCGUACCGGAUCAGCAACGUACCCCAGGGGGCCGCACCCGCAUCCAGCAUCCUCCGUACCCCUUCUGUCCCAACCGAUUGGUGCUGUCAAACUAGGAGGCUGAGAAGGAGCUGCGAUUCGCCAUUCAAAUACAUCAAGCACUCCACAGCCGCCACGGUGGAGGAGAGCGAGCGCGUCUUCUCCAGACUGCUGCGCUCCAUCGAGAAGCAGAGCGAGCAGCUGAAGGAGCAGCUCAGGGCGCACGAGCGUGCGGCUGUGGGGCAGGCAGAGCAGCAGCUGGAGAGGGUCCAGAGGGAGCUGAGCGAGCUGCGGAGGAGCGGCGCCGAGCUGGAGACGCUGAGCCACACUGACGACCACGUGCACUUCAUACAGAAGUCCAAGGCUCUUCAUUUCCCUGUGAAGAGCGUGGAACAGCCCAGUACGGACGCGCUCACUUACCUGAUGUACAAAAACAUGAGGGGUGCACUGGCCGAGCUCAAAGAGACUCUGGAACAGGCUUUGGAGAGAGAAUCCAGCCGCAUCUCUGAGAAAGUCAUGUCACUGAAGGAAACCAAUAACGAGACCAUUCAAGAGAAAGUUCAAGGUAAUGAAUGA